CAAACAAAUGGUAUUGAUGCGUAGUUUGAGGUUUUCCCUGAUCGAACACACCUGAUCUAACACACCUGAGCCAGUUAAUGAAGGACUUGAUAAAUAGCAGAUCCUGUGUACUGAAACAGGAAAACUGUGUAUGCAGUAGGUUUAUCAUGCUGCAUGUGUAAAUAGUCAGUAAUUUUGAGGUAAUCAGCAUAGUCAGGUCUGGGCGGCAAUCUUUCUUCUUGACACACCGCUAAUCACACAAAUGAUUAUCCUGAAGAACAUCCUGAAGCCGAGUCUGUGUGUGAGUCACUACAGCAGGACAGUCUGACGUUGCUGUACUACAACUUCAGAAGCCCUCAUCCUUAUAAAUUACCUCAGGUUAGAAAUACCAAAGACUAACCAUUCUCCAGACUAAAUAAAUAACAGAAGCACAAUGGAACGAGAGUUGGACUACUGCGCUCUUAUGAAGGGGAUUCAGGAGCUUGAUUUCCAAGGGAAUACAGUGCCAAGUGACCUUGUGCUAACAGGCAACCAUGCCUUCCCACUCUCCAUGAAUCCAAGAGGUCAGGUCCUAAUGGCUGCAUCUCGCUAUGGUCAGGGACGUAUAGUAGUGUUGGGACAUGAGGAGUAUUUAACACGUUUCCCAGUCCUAGUUGAGAAUGCCUUGACUUGGCUUAUGCCGUCUGAGUCUGAAAGCACAACUGUAGGCAUUCAAAAGGAUCUCAGUUCAACUGCAGAGAACUUAUCCUACUGUUCUAUGAAAACCAAGGUAGGAGAUUUCCAAGAUGUCGGUUUAGCAGUCUAUGUCACCGAUGCCUACAGUGUCGAGUCAUGUGCCAAAGAGUUAGUAGCCUUCCUUAAAUCUGGAGGAGGCUUGCUCAUUGCCGGUCAGGCUUGGAACUGGGCUCAAUCCCAUCCAGGAAAGAAUACGUUACUCGACUUCCCCGGCAACAAAGUGUGCAGUGUGGCAGGAAUCUAUUUCUCAGAGCUUCCAGGGGAAUGUGGCAAAUUUCCUGUGCCCAUGCAAAUUCCCUCAAGCUGGUUGGCAGUGUCGAUUGGUAAGGACUUCAAAGAUGACCUGCAUUUCCUACUACAAGGUGUUUCAGAGUUUGAUGUUCGAGGUGGAGCUUCAGCAUCUGAAGUGAUGGCACAUGGACCCUUAGCCUUUCCGAUUGCACUUACCACAUGUGGUAGAGCGUUCAUUGCUGGGGCCUACUAUGGACAGGGGAGAAUAAUUGUGGCCACCCAUGAAGACUUCCUUGGUCGUGAUUCACUGUCCAGCUUCUUGAUCAACGCUAUCCGCUGGCUUGAUGAAGGACGCAAAGGGGUUAUCGGAAUCAUGCCAGAACUUAAAGAUGCCCAUCGUGUUCUGAGCAAGUCAGGGCUAAAUUGUCAAUUCACUGGUUUUAUGGAAGACCUCAGUGUCUUUGUCUGUACCUCCUACAAUGAUUCUCAACGUCACCAGAUCCAGGAGUUUGUUGCAGAGGGUGGAGGUCUCAUGAUAGGAGGUCAUGCUUGGUACUGGGCACAAACCAACCCUAACCGCAAUGUGAUGACCGAUUACCCAGGAAACCGUAUCCUCAAUAAAAUGGGACUGUGUCUCAUUGGUAAUACCUUGAAAGGUGACUUGUAUAAAGUCCAGCAAAUAAGGGAAGAUGGGGAAGGUGGUACACCGGCAUAUCAUUUCCGUGACUUGCUGCAGCGCUUUGCUGGCCAUGCCAUCCAGGGCCAGGAUCUUAGUGCACAUGACCAGGAAUGUCUGCAGAAGCUGAGAAGUGAUUGCACAAAUUAUCUGCACAUGCAGGCUCAUGACAGUGCUUCCUAUACUUCAAUGGUUUCACUGAUCACAGAUAUGGUGAAAGAGGCAGGAGUUCCGCAAGUGUGUCAUACAUCUCCUGUUAAAAAUACCAAAGAUAAACUGUUGCUUCAUGUGGGAAGUGAGGUGUACAAGGUGUGCAAAGAUCCUGAUGCACUUCUGCCAUUCAUCAUCACCGACAUACCCAACCUACCUACAGUGUCAAACGCGAGAGUCCGGAUCAGUGCAGACACAUCUGGUGGUGAAGAGUGGAUAAGCACAGGUCUGUAUCUUUCUCCUGGAAUGAGGACUUACAUUACAGUACCUAAAGAAAUCAAAGGCAAAGGUUGGCAGCUGCAGAUUGGAUGUCAAACAGAUUGCUUGGGUGAGGCAGAUGUUCUGAAACGCGCUCCUGUGGUGCACAAGCGGUUUCCUUUGGAGAGUGACAUGCCGCAGAUCUGGAAUUUGUGGGGAGGCCUCAUAUACCUGAUUGCACCACCCAAGAGCAAAGUGGCUGGGGUAGAGGUUAUUGUACAGACGGCCGUCAAAGCACCAUACUACAAGUCUGGACAAACCAGUGUAGCAGACUGGGUGAAGAAGAUCCGUAAUGCACCAGCUCCUUGGGCAGAGCUCGAGUUUGAGAAUAUAAUCAUUACCUUACAGUCGGACAUCAUACGUAAACUGGACCGUCCUGAUGAGGUGGCGGCUCUCUGGGAUUCCAUCAUGAAGGGAGUGGCCGACUUGGCUGCAAAACCUGCCAAGUUUCCACGCAAGGAACGUUUUGUUGCCGAUGUUCAGAUCUCACACGGUUUCAUGCAUGCUGGCUACCCUGUAAUGAUUCACUCCGACUCUGCCGCAGCACUUCUGAACCCAGAGACCGCUCGUACACAGGGUAUUUGGGGGGCCAUUCAUGAAUUGGGGCAUAAUCAGCAGUGCUCGGUGUGGGAGUUCCCUCCAAAUACCACAGAGUGCACCUGUAACCUGUGGUCGGUGUAUGUGCAUGAGGAGGUGCUGCGGGUUAACAGGGCAAAGGCUCAUCCGAACAUGUCUCCAGAAAACCGAAAGGCUCGAGCUGAGAAUUAUGCUAAGGGAGGCCGGAAGCUGGAAAACUGGAGUGUCUGGACAGCCCUGGAGACAUACAUGCAGCUGCAAGAUAAAUUUGGCUGGGAUGCUUUCAAGAAAGUCUUUGCAGCCUAUCAUGACGUCACUAACGUCCCAAACAAUCGAGAUGGAAAGAUGAACUUGUACGCUGAAACAUUCUCAAAGGCGGUGAACAUGAAUCUUGCUCCUUUCUUCGAAGCCUGGGGUUGGCCCAUUCAGCCCAGCACUGAGGAAACACUCAGCAAUCUGCCUACAUGGCACGACCAUCCCAUGGCCCAGUAUGCUUAAUUCCCCGAUCCCAGUAUGCUUCUCAUGGUGCACACACAUCUUGGUGGGGGGUUUCCCCUUUUUUCUUUUUGGUGCUGGCUUGGGUAUGAAUGUAAUGGUGAUAAAUAUGAGUGAAAAUAUAAUUCUCAGAGGUGCAUAGAUAGCUAUCUCUACAAUAUAGUUGUUUAUUAGAUUACUGUAUAACUGACAUUAUAAGCACAUCAUACUUGCAGCUAAUCUCCUUUUGGAUGCAAAUAUCUACAGCUAUUCUGUAGAAUCAGCCAGAUCUAUGCAUGCCUUUUGCAAAAUAAAUAAAUAUUGAAAUAUAAUGGCUAUUCUGUGGUUAUGUUGUCAUUAUCAUGGUUUAUAUUUGAAUUAACUUCAUUACCAAGUAGAUCCAAAAGUGUUUUCAUUAUUUAAUUGAAUUAUUUUUAGACUUUAUUUUAGGAACAGAAAAGUGGGGUCAUCUUGAAACUGGUCUUAAAUAUUUACAGCACACUUUGUCUUGGGAGGGGAGAUGUGUUUAAAUAAAACCUUACCAUGUCCCCCUGUUGAAGCUCAAAACGUGUGUGUGUGUGUGUGUGUGUGAUUACAAACAAAUUGUAAAAAAAUUGAAAGGUAAAACCUAAGGGUUUUUUUUUUUUCUGAAUUCAUGGGCUGUAAUAUGAAAUACAGAAUUUCUUUUAUUUUUAAGUUAAUGUCCUUUUUUUUAAAUUUUUUUUUUUUUAAUGUGAUAAAAUCCACGAUAGGUGGUGCUGUUAUGUUCUGUACAUCAAUGAUCUUGACGAAUAAGCUGGUGUUGGAGUUAGGCAUUGCCAUGUGCUGACACUUAAUAUUUUCACUCUAAAAUAUACGAAUAAGAUAAUAAUCCCCAGAUGGAGAAAUUAGGGUAUCACAGCAGCAGCCAAAAAAAGACAAAAAGAAAAUGAAUAGUUAAGAGAUGGU